ACUCAUCCAGUAUAGAUCAUUUGAAAUCGCCGAAGUCAAUACCGUUUGAAAAAUCGAAAGACAAUUCUAGUCAAUUAAACGUCAUCACAACCAAUGCUGCUGAUCAGACUACUGACUUCAACCCCAAUUUUCAAUCGACUACACUUCCGACUUUGAUCCUGGUAACCAAAAAAUUUCACGUUAUUCCUAAAGUUAAAAACGUUGGAUUGUUCUCAAUCCACGCCUACAAUGAAAGCGAUGAUGACAUCAUACACACUGGCAACGUCACUAUCGGCAUCGAUCAUGACCUCUUCAGUUUCAUUUCAAACGCCACGAACGACACAUCGCGUGGUCCGGACCACUCUCAUCUCGAGAGCUUUUGGUCUUCGGUGCAAAAAAUGCAGGAAAUGUUUUCACAGAGCAAUGCAUUGUCCAGCACACCACGCACAAGAUUAAAGGAUUUCUUCCCUACCACAACACCUGUCCCAACUUACGCGUCUGAUGUGAAAGUCAAUAUUUCGGAAAGUUUGAAAAUCAUGUACAUCGAAAAAAUCUUCGCGGAGCGUUUGAAUCACAAGUUAAAAAGACGAAGGCCCAUUUUCACCAAUUCAACUAACAUGACGAUUUUCGAUUCUAGUAACCGUGUGUUACUUUUCAACAUGACAGGGAGUUUAUUUUUGUCGAACACAAGUACUAAUGCAACUUUCACUACAUAUGCUAAGAAUGAAUAUACUUUCGCGAACAAUAGUGGCGUUCUCAGGGUAGUUGAGUUAGGACUGGUAGAGAUCAACAACGUAACUGGAAACCUCGCUAUUCACGACACCAUUAGGAACUUGACUUUGACCAACAUAUCUGGAAAUUUGACAGUGAAAGAUGUACGUGGUAACUUAACUUUGAACAAUAUUACGGGUAAUGUGACUAUCACAGAUUCAUGGGGUAAUUUAACGGCGAAAAAUGUCAUUGGUGUUCUUACAAUUGACGAUAUUUUUGGAUCGGUUAUAGUUGAUCAAGUCAUAGGCAACCUUAGUAUCGACGAAGCCGGCGGUAGCACGACGAUUAUGAACGUUACUGGUCAUGUAAUUGUUGACGAGGUGUCCGGGGUGAUGUCGAUUGUGAACGUCAGUGGUAACGUUUUCGUGAUCGGAGUUAGUGGUCGUUUACACGUCCAAAACGUGACGGGUAAUUUAACGGUUAUCGGUGUGCGCCAUCGCGGGGAUUUGAUCGUGGAUGACGUAAAAGGUGAUCUUACAAUUAACGACGUUAUCGGCAACGUUCAAAUUGGUCACGUUACAGGAAUGUUACGUCAGUUGAACACCAUACGGAGGGGAAAACAAUGGCAAAGAAGAUAUGGUGAUCACCAUCAUUAUCAAGUGCGACACUCCUACGAGUUGGAAGAGGAUGAUGAAGAAGAUGAAAAGGAAGACGAGGAUGAUGAAGAGGAAGAAAAUGAAGAAGAUUAUGAGUAUGAGUACGAAGGAGCAGAACAGGAGGAUGAAGACAGUGAAGAAGAGGAAGAAAGCAACGAAGCUCAUGAAGAUCUUCAGAAAUACUUAUUUAAAAACAACUGCACCACAAGAUUUAACGCGACCCCAGAGGAUGUCGACAUUUUGUGUUACGUAAACGGAAGCUUGACAUCACGACUGCUCUCUGAUAUUGAUUUAGGAUCAAGUUCCAGCUCUAGCUCAAGUUCCAGCGAAGAAGGAGAUGGCAAGUCUGAAGAUGAUAAUUCUGAAGAGGACCAAUCUGGUGAGUUGGAAAGAGACUCCGCCAUGGAGGACGACCGAGACGGGAACCUCAUCAGCGAAGAAGGGUUAUUGUCUAAUGAACGUUUGAGUGAAUUGGGAAACAGAACCCGUCAGGCUGGCGACAACUCAACCAACAAACUCCAUUCUGAUGUCUACGACACAGGCCUGUCUGAGGAGUAUAGCUCUGAGGAACUGAACAUUAUCGGUGGUAUCGACGUUGGGAGCGCCCCCGCCACCCACGGGGAGAUCAGACUCAAUGAUGAAUUCCCGUCCACGGUGUGCUAUCACCCACGCAUGGUGGAGCGCAUCACCCACCCCCUGGACGGUCAGCUGUUGUGGUCACCCACAGAGCAGAAGCAGAUGACGUCAGCGUACUACUGGGGGCUCCUGGUCUCCCAGCUCGCGGGGGUGCGCCUCGUGGGUGUCAUGGGAGGCAAGAUGCUCAUGCUGGGGGGCGUGAUGAUGGGGGGUAUACUCACCCUUCUUCUACCCCCACUCGCCACCCUCGGCCCCUAUUGGGUGUUCACCCUGCGGCUGCUCAUCGGCAUCACCCAGGGCGUGUGUUCCCCCGCGGUGCACGCGCUGCUGGCCGCCUGGGCGCCCCCCAGCGAGAGGAACAAGAUGGUCGCCUUCACCUACUCCGGCAUCGGCGUGGGGGCGGCGGUGGGGGGGCCUGUUGCCGCGUGGCUCGUGCGCUCCAUCGGCUGGGAGUCGCUCUUCUACCUCCAAGGCGCUCUGGCCGUGCUGUGGUGCGGCGCGUGGUACAUCAUGGCGCACGACACGCCGCACGACCAUCCGCGCAUCGGCGCGCGGGAGCUACGGCGGAUCUCGGCCGCCGUCGCCCACCACCACGCCGGCCGCUCCCUCCCCAUCCCCUGGGGGGCCAUCAUAAGGUCGAAGCACGUGCUUGCCAUCAUCCUGGCACAGGCCACAACCUCGUGGAUGUGGUACACGCUCUACCAUCACGUACCAUUCUACGCCUCCACCGCUCUCCAUGGACCAGUCGCGCAGGUUCAGGUGGUGUGGCUGGCGGCGCUGAUGGCUGGCUGUGUGGUAGUGGUGGCGUACGCCGUCCUGGCUGACUGGGCCAUCAACCACCGGUGGACGACCAUUGUCGUCAUCCGCCGGGCUGCCAACUCCCUAUGUACGGUGAUCACUGUGGCGUGUCUGAUUGGUCUGGCUCAGGCAAAGUGCCACUACAACGCCGUAUUGGCGUGUGGCGCGCUGGCUCUUGCCAUCGGCAUGCCGGCCGUCCUGGUGGCCGCCCUCAGCAACAGCCUCGACCUGGCGCCCAACCACGCGGCCGUCAUCCAGGGCAUCGCCGGCACCGCCGCCGCCGCCGCCAGCCUCAUGGCGCCCAGCUACAAGCGCUACCUCAUCACGGGGCAGGCGACACUGGAACGGUGGCGUACUCUCUGGUACACAGUGGCUAUCUUUUUGGUACUUGGCAACUGCCUGUACUUCCUGCUGGCGUCCGCUAAGGAGCAAAUCUGGAACCGUCCCGUCAUGCUCUCCAUCGUCACCCGUCCUGGUAAUGGUCGACCAGAAAGUAAUGGCAUAUCCCUACAGAACGUCAAUACCUUCAGGAAUAACAACUAUACCUCUAGCGAGUUUACCUCUGCCGUGACCAUACCUGCUGAGCGCAGCAGGGCGUAUGGCAACACUGCAGCAACAGCUCGAAGCAACAACAACAACAGUCGAGGCUUGUCCAACGGUUGCCAUGACAACGCCGCGUUCACGCUGCAGUGAAUGCCUGUAGCAUAUUGUAAAAAUAUAUAUUUUUGUAGUGUGUAAAGAAUUUAUUGUGCAAUAUGGUGAACAGUUUGUUCCUAGUGCGCAAGGCGCGUGACCAAAAAAAAAUAAAUAAAUAAAUAAACGGUCGAUAAGUCACAUGGAAGAUUACAUGAUGCCUAAUUGAUAAUGAAUUAAAUUUUUGAAAUACUGAAAUUAAAAUGAGGUUUAUGAGCACUCAUAGAAAUGAGUGAGACUAUCUCCAAUGGCGAUGCACGUAUUGUACGUGUGUGUGUCACCAUGACCUAGUUUGACUCGGCAGAAGCGUGUAUCAGUGCUACGUCCGUCUGUGCUCGUACUGUGGGUAAAAAUGGGUGUCGUUAUACACGACUGUUCAGUAAAUAUUGUUGAAUAUUAAACAAUAUUCAUGUACAUGUAACAAACAAUCUGUUCAUAUUUCUGCGUGGGUUGAAAGAACCCGCCAGCAUGUAGGUUUUUGAAGCGAUAAAUAAAUGUAGGCGCUCGUCCACAGUCGAAACUGGACAAAAAUUCGUUGAUUUGGUCAAAUCUUCUACGAAUUCAUGUUAAAAUGACGCAGAAUUCAAUUAUUAAACUUGAGCCAUUUGUAAAAAGAAACUUAUCUUAGGUGUGCAAUACUUGAGUAAAUAUUUGUCUUAAUCAGAUUUAAAGUAACAAAUGUGUAAUUAGUGCAAGUGUUGUGAUAAAGGACUAUCCUACGUUGUUAUCGUUACCUGUAUAUACGAGUACUACUCUUAACUAUAGGCGUCCUAUUACUUGUGAAUAUAACUUUAACGAUGAUAAGUCUUGUAUCAAAGUAUCUCAAGGUCAAACCUUGAACAAUUAAUGUAAAUAACAUUGAUUUAUAAACUACAAGGAUGUAUGCAGUUCUAAUAUAAUACUCGGUAUGUGGAUAAUGGAAAAAAAUGUUUAAAUAAGCCCUUCUUUUCGGAGGAGUGAGUAGCCAUUUUUACAACCGUGCAUUCAGAAAAAUAAUGACCUAUAAAACUUAUGCAUCAUGACCCAUGCAUCAUGACCCACGCAUCAUGACCCACGCAUCAUGACCCAUGCAUCAUGACCCAUGCAUCAUGACCCAUGCAUCAUGACCCACGCAUCAUGACCCACGCAUCAUGACCCACGCAUCAUGACCCACGCAUCAUGACCCAUGCAUCAUGACCCACGCAUCAUGACCCAUGCAUCAUGACCCAUGCAUCAUGACCCACGCAUCAUGACCCACGCAUCAUGACCCACGCAUCAUGACCAAUUCAGGGCCCUCUUAUCAAGCAUAAAUUGUAUUAAUGGUUAUUGAUAAUUGCAAGGGUAAUUAAAGACGUUGUGUCAAGGGAGAAGACUUCAGCCAAGACUGGGCUAUAACAUCAAGACGAUGUUGUAACAAAUGGUUGAUCUGUUAUAAAUAGUCUUGAUACUUCAUUGAAUGUUUACUUGAAAAAGUUAAAAUUAAAGGGCAUUCUGUACGGAGCGCUUAAUGUGGGUCAUUCCAAAGACUCGAUGAUCGUACGUCCUGCGAUGAUGGAAGGCACUGGUUCGUCAUAUUCAUCAGCCUCGAUGACCCUCGAGGCUGAUGCAUAUAAUUAGCAUUAGCAUAUAAUUAAUAAUUAUACUAGUGAUUCAAAUGCCCUGUGGAUGUUCGCUCGAGUUUGGUUGUAAUUUAGCUAAAAAAUUCGGAAUUUUAUAGAAAACAAACGAUUGAUUUAGCGGCACAAUUCAAGCAUUUCGAUUAAUAAAUUCUAUUGCUUAGAAAUCUCCAGACUGAUACGAGAAUAAUAUACAUGAUAUACCGUCCUCAAAAUAUAGGAUAUACUAAAUAUCUUUGUAAAUAAUAAAGAUUCAUUAGUUAAUAUGCAAUAAUGGGUAUCUCAUAAGUAAGUGUAGAAUAUAAUUUGUAUAUAUUUAUUACAUAGAGUCCUUUGGAAU